AUGGCAGAAAGUGACUCUGGUGCAUCUCAUCGUGGAUUUAGUCAAAAAGCUCGGGGAAUACUUAUAGCACCAUCCGUUCCAGUAUUCGUCUCUGAUCGAAAACUUGAGGACAAACGUCCAAAUUCUUCAGAAAAUCAAAUUGCUCCUCAUCACGGUUUUAAUGAGAAAGCAAGAGAAAUUUUAUUGGAUCAUCCAAAGACUCCGCAACGAUCUGGUAAAGUACCAAGUGGUGCAACACCGAUUCGUAUAAAAGGCAGCGAAAAAGUUGGCCAACUUAUAUGA